AGCCUAAUUUGGCGCUAUCUGUGUGCCAUCCAAUUAGCCAUGUCGGAGAAAUCGAAACGCUCUCAAACACACUCACACUCCCGAUCAGAGUCGCAGGCUCAGGCGGCUGUCCAACUGAAUGCCUCCGGCAGACGCAGCUCCACGCCAACCGGAGCCAAUGGCUCCUCCAAUCGCUGCCUGAUUGCCGUGAUUGUGUACCUGGCCCUGCUGCUAGAUAACAUGCUGCUGACCGUAAUUGUGCCCAUCCUGCCGGAUUAUCUGGCCAGCCUGGAGGCGGAUACGUCGUCGGCAGUGGUGCUCAGUCUGGAGGACACAUCGCCGUUCGCGAAACUCGGCCAUCGGGCUGGAGAAUCGAGCGGCGGCCCACAUCCGCAUCUGUACAUCUCCAAGCAUCCGAUACCGGGCAAAUCAAUGGUUAACUUCACCCUGUUCCAGCUGGCCACAGAUGCCACAACCCCCACGACCACCAGCAGCACCACAACGACCACAUCCACGCACAAUGCCACGUCCAUGCAGCCGCCUCCAAAGCUGACGGAUGGUCAGUCGGGCGGCACUAAUGUCACUGGAAUUGGGCAUGGGCAUGGGCACAAGAGCAGGAACAGGAAGCUGGCCACCGGCAAUCCGCCCACCCACGACAGCAGCAGCAGCAGCAACAACAACAAGGAGUUGACCUUGACGCAGGAGAAUGGCUCCAUCGGCCUGCUGCUGGCCAUGAAGGCCCUGGUCCAAUUAAUUUUCAAUCCGAUUGUCGGCAACGCGUCCAGCAAGUUUGGCUACCGCCUUCCCAUUGUCGUCGGCACCUUCUUCCUGCUCCUCUCCUCGCUGGUUUUCACGGUUGGCGAAUCCUACUGGGCACUCCUGGUGGCGCGGGCGGUGCAGGGCGUGGGAUCCGCUUGCAUCAACAUCUGCGGCAUGAGCCUGGUGGCCCAGCAUUAUCCGGAGGAGGCCCGUCGCUCCAAGGUGAUGGGCAUCAUACUGGGAAGCAUCGCAUUGGGAGUGCUGCUGGGCUAUCCCUUUGGCGGUAUUCUGUACGAUCUGAUGGGCAAAUCGGCGCCGUUUAUCAUUCUGUCCACUCUGAUGUUCCUGAGUUUGGGUCUCCAGCUGCUGACCAUGGAUCUGACUGUGCAGCCGGAGGUUGUGGUGGAGGAUAGUCCCAAGUGGCGAACGCUGCUCGAGUGCAAAAUGAUCCUGGCGAUUGUGUUGGCCAUUUGGUUUUCCACAUCUACAAUGGCCAUGCUGGAGCCGUGUCUGCCCAUCUGGCUCAUCCAGUAUCUGAAGCCCAACAAGUGGCAGCUGGGCACCGUUUUCAUUCCCGACUCCGUGGGCUACUUUGUGGGCACGAACUUCUUCGGCAGCAUUGCCUACAAGUAUGGCCAGGUUAAGGUGUCCUGUGUCAGUUUGCUGCUGGUGGGAGUAGCCUCUGUUUUGAUACCGAGUGCUACAACAGUUGCCCAACUCUUGAUGCCCCAUUUCGCCUUGGGCCUGGGCAUUGGGGUAAUCGAUGCGGCACUGGUACCACUUUUGGCCACCUUCGUGGAUGCAACACUCUCCCAGGAGGAGCAGGGCGAGGGCAGCAGUUCCAUGUCCAGCUACGGCACCGUCUAUGCCAUCCAGCAGACCUCCGUCAGCCUGGCCUAUUGCUUAGCUCCCCUGAUUGGCGGUGAGUUGGCCCAGACCUUUGGCUUUGCUUGGCUGAUGCGCAUUGUCGGCAUUUUCAAUAUGAUUUAUGGGCCCAUUCUGGUCUACUUGCACCAGAAAUACGAUCCAAAGGCCCUGAGGGAACGGCAUAACGAUAUGCUGCUCCAGAGCAGCGGGCGAGGAUCUAGGUAUAAACAACUUUACAACUCCAUGGAUGUGGAAUAAGCUGUACUGCCCAGUUGUCCGGAAUAUCCAGGAAUAUCAGACAACCUUGAGUGUCCAAACUAGGCGUUCCUUUGGCUCAAUAAAGCAAUAUAUGUGUAUGGAGCUGAUUUUUGUAAACCAUUUAAUUCCCGAUCAAAUUUGAAUCUCCUGUAACUAAUAUCACUUUACCAUGUCUUGAAGUAACUUAAGUUCUUAUGAUCAAAUUGUCCGAUUAAAAAGUAUUACGCAAUAAUUA